GUGUACUGGAUCAUGUUCUCUGGCUGGAGGUGAACAGGAAGAGGAGAGGAGUUUUUUUGUCCUCAGGACAUUUGGGAGUGGUGGACAAGGAGGAAGUAUCAUACUGUUCUUGCUGAUUGCUGUUGGAGCUUUCUGGAAAGAGAGGGAGUUUGAACCUGGACACCGAGAAAGAAGGCUGCAUUUUAUCACCUCAUUGACAAAUCACUUGCUUGGAUAGAAGUGUGGAGUUCAGUUUUACUGCUGGUGGUCACGACCCUUCAGAUCACCACAAAACUAUUUUUUACUUGUCCUGGGAGAAACGGUCAUGACUGCUGAGCCUGUUUGUGUUUCUGUCAGCCUGACCCCACCGUGUUUUUGACCGGGAGCUCCGAACAUGUUAUUGUUCUCAAACAAAUGAGGGGUUGGAGUGGCACACGUUGGACACGGGUUGUACUCCUGUCAGGAUAACAACCAGGCUGCCGCUGGACUGGAAUUUGAUCUUCACACUUCAGCUCAAUCUGCUGCCGUUACAGUGGACGGGAACAGUCUGUGCCUGCAUUUCAGAGAGUCAUAUGGUCUCCACAACUUUUCAUUCCAGGAGUCGUGCCUGAAGCAGACAUGUGAUGUACAGUACGUGGGAAGAGCACCAAGAUAAACUCACACAGGACUAAAAUAUGCAGCUGCUGAAAGACACAUGGAGGGUUUGCUUUUUCAAGAAAGAAACUGUGAUUUAUAUUUAUGAAGGACCCUGCUUGAGUCAUCUGUAAUUUCAGGUUAUUAGAGAAUACUAGUUAAUCUGGAUUUAAUCUUUUUCAGUUGUACUUUUGAGUUCAUUUUAAAGAUAUUACUUUUUUCUGUGUCAUUUAAGAUAGUCAUUCAGUAAUUCUACAUUACGUCCUACAAUGGCGUACUGCUUUUUCAGUGUUAUUAGAUAGCUAGAUGUCUUCCCUGUCUUUUGAAGUUAGUCAGUCUCCCUCCUGUAGCGCAGGAUUGGUUCCUCCUGUGGUUUUUCUGUCUUGUGUCUGUAUCCUGUCUGUGGCAGGAAGGGGACGUAAUAGACAAUGUGAUAUCAAUGCAAACACUGCACUUUCUUACUGACUGACUGCACUGGGUUCAAAGUUCAAACUCUGUGGCUCAGGCUGGAGGCUAAUGUGUGCACGUGUGUGUAAGUCACAUUUCACUGUCACUGGUCACAGUAACUCUCAACAAGGCGACUGUAAGAGACAUUUUUUUUCCAAAAGAAGCAACCAAUUGUCAAAGAAGUACUGAGCUUCAUAAGCAUUGUUAAUUGUUUUGAAGGGUGUUCUGUCUCCAGUGUCACUCUGAUCCGCCGGCUUGGCCUGAAUAUUUCUGGAUCUUUAAGGACGUGCAUCCGGACUGUGUUUCUGGAUUUUGCAUCAGGCCUGAGUGGAAUGUUUGGCCAUCUGUAUCUCCAGAUGUGUGUGGAUGUUGGAACAAGACCAGCACACUGUGAAUGACAUAUUCACUCACACACACACAGACACACUUGUGCUGUGGACAUCAGGGACCUUGAUUCAUUCACACAGCUGGGGCACACAGACAAAUCCAAACUGAUCAAUGGAGUGCAUAUGCGGACAGGCAUCUGGUUCCCAUGAAGAUCAUGCCCACAACCCGAGUCCAGUAGUGAUCUCCUCCUAUGCCUUACAGUUAGAACUAGACUGCAUUGAUGGAGGAGGAGGCAAUUAUGACAUAGUGAACAACGCUGUGAUCUCAACGCCCGGGCCACAAAACCACAGAGCCCAAAAUGUGUCCUUACGGCAAAGCUGGGAGAUGAACUACCAAGAGGCAGCCAUCUACCUGCAGGAGGGAGAGAACAAUGAUAAGUUCUUCACCCAUCCUCGAAACCCAAAGGCGCUGUCAGCGUACCUGUUUGCCCACAACCACCUGUUCUACAUGAUGGAGCUGGUGACAGGCCUGCUGCUGAUGAUGCUGUCACUGUGUGAAGCUCCUGCUGUGCCCUCACUGCGCCUGGAUGUCUACGUCCAUGCCACUCUGGAGCUGCUGGCUUUGGUUAUGGUGGCAUUUGAGCUAUGCAUGAAACUUCGCUGGUUAGGCUUCCACACCUUCAUACGACACAAGAGGACCAUGGUGAAGACGUGUGUGUUGCUGCUACAGUUCGUGGAGGCCAUAGUGGUUCUGAUCAGACAGACGUCUCACGUGAGAGUGACCAGAGCUCUCAGACCAAUUUUCCUGGUGGACUGUAGAUACUGUGGUGCUGUGCGCAGAAACUUGCGUCAGAUCUUCCAGUCCCUCCCACCUUUUAUUGACAUCCUCCUACUGCUGCUCUUCUUCAUGGUUAUAUUUGCUAUCUUGGGUUUCUGCAUCUUCUCUCCAAACACUUCUGACCCGUACUUCAGCACCCUGGAGAACAGCCUCGUCAGUCUGUUUGUUCUGCUGACCACAGCAAAUUUCCCCGAUGUGAUGAUGCCAUCGUACUCCAAGAACCGCUGGUCCUGUGUAUUCUUCAUUGUUUACCUCUCCAUAGAGCUCUACUUCAUCAUGAACCUGCUUUUGGCAGUGGUGUUUGAUACGUUCAAUGACGUCGAGAAGAUGAAGUUUAAGUCUCUUUUACUUCACAAACGCUCCGCGAUCGACCAUGCCUUUCAGCUGUUAGUUAGCCGGCAGAGGCCGAUGGGCGUGUCGCUGAAACAGUUUGAUGGUCUGAUGCGAUUUUACAGACCACGGAUGUCUGCAAGAGACCGCUUCCUCACAUAUAAAGCUCUUAACACCUCAGGGGCUCCUAUGCUCAGUCUACAGGACUUUUAUAAGUUCUAUGAGGUCACUGGCCUUAAAUGGAAGGCACGACGCAGUGGAGAACAUUGGUUUGAUGACCUUCCACACACAACCUUCCUCAUUUUCAAAGGGAUCAACCUGCUUGUGAAGUCAAAGGCCUUCCAAUAUGCCAUGUAUGUGGUGGUGGCCGUCAAUGGUGUGUGGAUCCUUGUGGAGACGUACACACUGAAUAGUGGAUUUUCCUGGUCCAAAAUUGUUCCCUGGAGUUACAUUGUUUUUCUGACCAUUUAUGGUGUAGAGGUGUUAUUGAAAAUAGCUGGUUUGGGGCCGAUGGCUUAUAUCAGCUCUGGGUGGAAUCUGUUUGACUUCUCAGUGACAGUGUUUGCCUUCAUGGGCCUGAUUGCUCUUGCCUUCGAUAUGGAGCCGUUUUACUUUAUCGUAGUUCUCAGACCACUUCAGUUGCUCAGGUUGUUUAAAAUAAAGCAGAGGUAUCGUAAUGUGUUGGAUACCAUGUUUGAGCUCUUCCCCAGGAUGGCAAGUCUGGGUUUGACCUUAAUCAUCUUCUACUACUCCUUUGCAAUUGUUGGGAUGGAGUUCUUUGCAGAUGUGGUUUAUCCCAACUGCUGCAACACCAGCACAGUGGCAGACUCCUACAGACAGAUCAACAUCACCUACGGCAACAAAACAGUGUUGGAAGAAGGCUACUAUUAUCUCAAUAACUUCAACAACAUUCUCAGCAGCUUUGUGACUCUGUUUGAACUAACUGUUGUCAAUAACUGGUACAUUACCAUGGAAGGAGUAACUUCUAUGACAACCCACUGGAGCCGACUCUACUUCAUGACCUUUUACAUAGUUACCAUGGUGGUGAUGACCAUCAUUGUGGCGUUCAUUCUGGAUGCAUUUGUGUUCCGCAUGAACUACAGCCGCAAGAACCGGGAACCAGUGGAGAACCCAGAGGAUGAGAACGGAAUAGUGUUUGAAGUAGAGGUGAGUCGUGAUGAAGCUCUGGCCACUCUGGAGCUGUACAAACAGACUUGCCCAGGACUGUCCUCCCUCAGCUCGCUACAGGGAGUCCUACAUACUAUGGACCGGGGAGGGCACUCGUCUCUGGUGUACCUUGGUCGCAGGUCUAGGACAAAGAGUGACCUCAGCAUGAAAAUGUACGAGGAGGAGAUACAGCACGAGUGGUAUGCAGAGUAUUCAAGGGAAAACUUACCUGAGCAAGACCAAAGUCUGGGGCGGGAUCUGGACAUUCCCGUCUGUGACCCGUCUUCCUUCCCAGAGCCUCAGCUCAACUCACAGACUGGACCACACAGCGUCAAUUAA